AGUCUGUAUUGUAAAGGCCCAGCUCUUGUUGCCGUGAUUCCAGAUGCAUCUUGGUGUCCGAAGCAGUCGCAUCGUCCUCAGAGUUAAUACAGGGGGGGGGGGACUAAUGAAGUUAGUCUGCUCCGGUUUGGGAUCUGCCCGCGACUACCGGAGCCCCGUUCUCUCUUCAUUCCCGAAUUUGCAGUGUCUUCUUCAGUAUCUCUUCAUAUUCUCAAGAAAUGGUGUCUUCAAUGUCCAUCGUGGCCGUGGCUUCGGCUAUCGCUAUGUCUGCUAACUACGUGCAAGCUCACGGCUACGUGGAGAACCCCGAGUCCGAAUUCAAGGACAAGAAAACGUCGGAGUGGAUCGUGCAGAUCGAUCCGCAAUGGAAGGGUGACUGGGACAACGCCAAGGGCGACGAGGGCCUAGUGGCUCUGUACAAAGAACUCAAGGCGUCCAACAAUGCCAAGGACAUCCGCACGCUCCUUGACAGCGAUACCUCACUGUACGGUGCCGACUGUGGCUACACCAACCCGGAUGUGACUCCGAAGGACCCUCCAACUGACGGUACGGCCACUUUCUCCCGCGGUAUCGUGCACGCCGGCCCGUGCGAGAUCUGGCUCGAUGACAAGAUGGUGCUUCAGAACGACGACUGUCAAAGUGCCUAUGGUGACGGUACCCAAGAGACGAUUUCGGUGUUCAAGCCUGUGGACUAUUCGUCCUGUGCGUCAGGAGGCUGCAUGUUCCGAUUCUACUGGCUGGCGCUCCAGCGUCUGGACGGCAAGACGUACUGGCAGGUGUAUAAGAACUGCAUCCCGCUUUCGGGUCCUGCCGGUGGAGGUACAUCUCAGACAACCCCGUCGACUGGUGAUGGCUCCGGUACUUCGCAAACUUCGACAUCCAGCGGCGAAUCGGAGGCGCAGACAACCCCGUCGGCUCCGUCGACUCCAACCAGUGACAACUCCAAGUCAACCGAGACUACGCCGGCCCCGGAGACCCCGUCGGUGGAGACUCCGGAAGUGACACCGGCUCCGAGUAGCAAGUGCAAUGGUCGCCGUAAGCGUGAGUAGACUGCGAGUAGCAGGAGCACAUAAUAUGUUAUGUGUACGUGAAUGUCCGUAGCUUUUUUUUAAUCAGAUAAGUUGAUCUGUUGCGUCGUAAAGCUGGAGAGCAUGCUAUAAUAGUAGUUCACUCAGCUUGGGAGAUGAAUCGUUAAAGUACAUCGUUUAACGAGUUCAUUCACACAUUUGUUGCU